AUGUCCGCUCGUCAGCCGGCGCGGCCACGGCGCAUCGAUGACGCCCUCUCCCAGCUCGUCGACUCCCUCACUCCCCCACUGUCGCAUACGGACCUUGGCGGCGAAUACGAAGGGGAUGCGGAGGAGGCCCUGACGGCAGCGGAGGAACGGCGUCACCAAAAGCUGCUCGAACGCUCGUGGCUCAUUCUGAACUCCCACAUCAACACCGCGAGCGACCUGGCAUCACCGUCCGGUCCCUCAGCGUACGGCGUCAAUCGCCGCGGGAGCUUGGCCGGUGGGGAGAACAUUAACAACGCGGUGGACCUCAUCAAGCGGAAACUUCUGCGCGAAAACGCCAGCCCUGAACAAGCGGUCCGGUUCUCCAACCUCUACUCGCGGCUCCUGACGCAGCCGGUCCUGUCCCAGAAAUGGGCGAUCCUCUACCUCCUCUACCGACUCUCGAGCACGGAUGACUACGAAGAGCAUGUAAUGGAGGAGGCGGGAAGCAGGAGCCCUCCGGCCGAACCGGCCAAUUUGCAGAAUAUGCUGUUCAAGGGCCCGAGGAUAAAAUCUGGCUGGGGACCUAGGGUGUCGGAAAGCUCGGACGAUGAUGGGCCUGCGAUCAGCUCCUCGGCGUCGCAGAUACCCGCGCGAAUGGAGCGGCAGGCCUCGCUGAGACGGCAGCAGGAGGUGGGCUUGGAGAGGGAGCCGGAGCAUGAGCCUGAGACCUUCGCACCGACGGUGCGAGCCCGUGAGGCCCGCGCUACGCGAAGUCGUGCCAAUACCGGAGUGCGAGAUCCGCCGCUCGAGGAGCCAAGAGGCGAGGAGUUGGAGGCGGACUCGGAGAAGGAACAGCGACCGAGUGGACCUCUUGAACAGGGGCUCCUUCGCGACCUUCCCUUCAAUUUACAGGGAUUAUCUUCGUCGAAUAUGCAUUUCGCAUCGUCGACAACCCUGAAAUUGCCCCCUUCUCUGCCGGUGCCCAUGAUCUCUUUGCUGAACUCUCUCGCUGAGCCAUGCUUGCUUUAUCGUGGGCUAUCGGCUUUCGUAGAGAGUUCGGCGAGUGGGCUUCUCAGUCAGAGCCUUCAGGCAGCUCUCUCCAAUGAGCUUCGCUCCUAUCUUGGACUCGUCGCUACUCUGGAAGGGGAGAUUCGACGGGCAUUGGCUUCACCACCGGACCCUAACGAUCCUCGGAGCGCAACCAAGAGCGGUGUCACGCUAAAACGGUGUGUUGUCUGGACAAGGGACGCGACGAUGGCGCUACGAUUAAUGAGUUUGAUUGUCGAGGAGGCGCAGAAUAAGAAAGGCGGCCAACUGAUUUCGCUGAUCCAUGGCUUCUCGACCUCCCAUGGUGACCCUUUCGUAUGUGCCUUCGCGGAAAAACUUCUCGUCCAUGUGACUCGACCUUUCUACAACAUGCUACGACUUUGGAUCUACGACGGUGAGCUGUCGGAUCCGUAUAAAGAAUUCUUCGUUGUUGAGCCGGAAUUCAGACCCAACACAGAUCCGCGCCGCAUUGCUACCAGUGUCUGGGAGGAUAAGUACAAGUUGGACGAUGAGAUGGUACCGUCAAUCAUAACCCAGGACUUUGCGAAAAAGAUCUUCUUGAUCGGCAAAUCUCUGAACUUCAUCCGCUACGGCUGCGGAGACUCUGGCUGGGUCGAGGCAUACUCGAAAGAAGCCUCCAAAGAACUGCACUAUGGCGAUACGGCUGGCCUUGAGACAUCGAUCGAUGAGGCCUACAAGACGACCAUGGCGCGGUUGAUUCACCUCAUGGACGACAAGUUCAAGCUCUUUGACCACCUUCGAGCGCUGAAGAAUUACAUGUUGCUGGGCCAGGGUGAUUUCAUUGCGCUCUUGAUGGAAUCGCUGGCGUCCAAUCUGGAUCGUCCAGCAAACUCACAAUACAGACACACUUUGACUGCGCAGCUAGAACACGCGAUUCGUGCCUCCAAUGCGCAGUACGACUCCCCAGAUGUGCUCCGCCGGCUGGAUGCUCGUAUGCUAGAGCUUAGCCAUGGCGAUUCGGGCUGGGACUGCUUCACCCUCGAGUACAAGAUUGAUGCGCCAGUAGAUGUGGUCAUCACGCAAUGGGGCUCGACGCAGUACCUGAAAGUGUUCAACUUCCUCUGGCGCAUCAAGCGUGUCGAAUUUGCCCUCGGAAGCACCUGGCGUCGAUGCAUGACAGGCGCUCGGGGCGUGCUCGGUAGCGUCGACGACAAAGUUGGCUCAGACUGGAAGAGAGCACGAUGUGUGAUCGCCGAGAUGAUCCAUUUCGUCUGCCAACUCCAAUACUACAUCCUCUUCGAAGUCAUCGAAUUCAGCUGGAAACGACUACAAACAGCUAUCUCCAAGCCCGGUUGUACACUGGACGACCUGAUUGAAGCGCACACCCAGUACCUCAACUCCAUCACGCACAAGGGUCUCUUGGGCUCAUCUUCCACCUCCAAGAGCUCAUCCUCAUCCACCACUUCAGCCAGUAGCAAAGUGCAGGAACAAGACUUCCUCAGCCAACUCCACCACAUCCUCAAGAUCAUGCUUGCCUACAAAGACGCCGUGGACGGCCUCUACUCCUUCUCUGUCGCCGAGUUCACCCGCCGGCAAGAGCUCAGCGCGAAGAUCGAGACACGCACCGCCCAGGGCCGCUGGGGCCUCACGGAGCGCGACAUCCUUCCAUCCUCCGCCCGACGCACGCGGGGUCACAAGGACUCCAUUUCCUCAACCAUGUCCCCGUCCCUAGCGGCAUACACACCGACCCUAGGCGGCGACGGCAUCGACACCCCGUCCUCGCUCGCCGGCCACAACGACCUCACCGCAGAUGACCAGAUGCUCGCAUCCCUGCAAACCCGCCUCCGCGACCUCUCCGCCGAGUUCCGGUCGCGCCUGAACGUCCUCCUCGGCGACCUCGCCUACCAGCCGGACGUGGACAUGCGCUUCCUCGGCGUCGUCAUGAACUUCAACGACGUCUACGAACCAGUCCGCAAGCGACGCACCGCCGCAGGAGCCAGCUCGCGCGACAAGGAGCGAGCAAGACGGAGGGCAGCGGCGGUCGCCGCCGCCAACGCCGCCGCCGCGGCGACGACAGAAGGAAGCAGCACGGCAUCGGCGUCCAAGGACCAACAACCACCACCUUCCAAACGGGAGAAACGUGACCCAAAUACGAGUGGCAAUGGAACUGAAAGCGGUAGCGCGCAUUGGUCUUAGAGCAACGUCUUUUCUUUCCUUUUUUUUAUGAAUCACUCUUUAUACGUAUGGGUUGAAUGGGAUGGAUCUGUCUUGGUGGUAUUACUGGGAUGAGCGGAGUCAAUUUUUUUGCUUUUCUAUUCUCUGGUAACCCUGAGCCCUGAGCUUUGGGAAUUGUGACUGUAUGGAUGGCUGACUUCAUUGGGAGUUCCUUUUUUUUUUAUUUUUAUCUCCUUCUGUGUCUCCAGUGGAUUGGGCAGAUGGAAGUGACAGCAAUCAGAGAGGAUGUACAUGUACAUACCAACGCACAGUCGGUGUAAGCUAGUUUAAUGAUGAUGAUGAC